AUCUUCAGAAUGAAGCUGCUCCUUGCGCUGCUCAUGCAGGCAAAGCAAGAAAGCAAGUCAGCAACCCGAUAUCUUCGGGGCGAGUUUCAAGUGAAAUGACUAAUUAUUCAAGGCCUCUUCCAGAUGUCGCCCUGACUGGGAAGUGCACUCGUGAGUGUGAUGAGUAUGGCCACUCAGACUCCUGCUGGAUGCCGGUCCGCACUUCUCCCGAGAGGAAGAAGAGCCAGCCCAAACUCUCCACUUUCAUGCCUGUUGAUGAACGAGGAAGCCAGGAAAAGCUGGCCAACGGCGAGGCCGCCAUCAUGGGUGACCGCAACAGAAACCUCCUGAACAAAAAGUUGACCUCGUCCUAUGAGACCUUCAGUGCAGCUAGUUUCAGCAAAAAUGAGGAAGCCAACCCUGAGGAUAUUCCCCUUACAAAAACAGGGGAAUAUAAGCCAUCUCCUGUCAAUACGCUCACUAGAAGAGAAGUUUACCUGUAGGCUAUAAAGGAGCAACAGCAAAGUUCUUUUCAUGUAUGAGAAGGAGAAUAAGGGGCAAGAAACCUUACAAAACAAAACCAUUUAAUCACAAAAAGGGGGCUACCAAAGAGACAAAGCUUUGCCUGCCACUUCUGCCUCCAGAUCAGGCCUUUAGUGAAGCUGUUAGCCUGAAUAUAAUGUACAACGUAGAGGCCAUCCUUGUUAUUUGCAUGUCUAACCCCUUCACUGAUUCCCAACACCCACCCUCUCUUCCCCACCCACCUCCAGCAACAAAAACAAGAAAAAAGAUGGUUGCAAGUUUCUUUCAUGGUAACAAGCCUGAUUAGCAGAACACAACACACUCUCAUUAUCCCUAAGCUGAAGCAUGAUUUUAGUCACUUUGAUUUUGUUCGAGUGUCAUCCGGCUGGUCAAAAAAAGCAGGACAGGUAAAAUAUAUUUCUGACAUACCCUCAGAAUGUGGUUAACCACCAUCAAUGGCAAUCCUUGGAAAAUGAUAGAGUCCCUCUAAAGGUACAGUCCUUAUAAAAGAGGACUCUAUUAAAAAGCAUUUCAGGAAGAUCACAGCUUUAAUAUUCUAACACAAACUAAGAGCAAAACAAUACUCAGUGGGUGAUUGUGGUCUCAAAUUAGGUGUGUCAUUAUUUUAACUCAAGAGCAUCAACUUCAAUUCCAUACAUUCACUGAAUAUUCUCAGUAUAAACACAAUCUUGAUUAUAGUUAUGAAUUAUACUAAUUUUGACUUGUAAAAAUUAUAUAUAUACUUUUCAGAACAGGACCACUAUUAUCAGCUAACUUGAACAAUUGUGUCAUUAAAAGGCCAAAGAUCAUACAAGCAGAUCAGGGAAAUCAUGAAGUUGAUUUGGUCUUGAUGUGGAAAUCCGUUAAACAACAAAAACAACUGAAUGCAGGCACACACAGAAACAUUCAAAUAUUAGUUUAUUUUAUAUAGUCUCUGUACCCAGAAAACAUGCUUCUUCUUUUAAAAUGGAUUUUAUUUGAAAGCUCAGAAAACAAAAAAAACUAAUGAGACAUGUGUUUGGUAUUAUAAGUCAAUUGGUUGAGGUUCAAGUUUAGUUUCAUAUAAUGUUAUCAGGGAAGAUUCCACUUUUUAAAGUUAUAUUUAUGGGUAGUAAGGUAGGGAAAGAAAGAUAUAUUGGCAGGCAGUCUUAUUAGUCAAGUCCACUAUUAUUAUUUUACAAUCCAGGCUAUACUUGUUGGCCUUCUUAUCCACAUUUCAAAUUACAAUUGCAUUUUUUAAUUGUUCAGUUCACACUUCCAUACAACGCAAGUGCAUUGAUUUUGAAUCCUGUGAAAUAUAGAACUAUUUCAAGACACGCAUCAUUAAAACAAGGCAACACCCUAAUUGACUUUGUCACUAGGUGAUUUGAACAUUAUUUAAUAUGUAUUAAACAAAUCCAGACUGAACAUGAAAGAAAUGAGUUCUGGGCAGUGACAUUUCUCACAGUAUGUACAUCUCAAAGUUGGAAAGUAUGAAAUUUUUCGUUGCAAUUAAAAGAAACAGAAUAUGCAGAUUUUGAGCCACUUGCUGUAUCGAGGAUGAUUUAAUACCAUUGAAAACUGAGCUGGGACAUUCAAACAAAAGUGACAAUCCAUGGACAGAAUAGGAGAUAACAGGUAAAAAGAGCAAACUUUCUUAUCAUUGAACGUUUGUAAACUGGUUAAGGUUUAGCCUUGAUGGCUCUCUAGCAAACUGUAAAAACAAUGUAGCUUUGGGUAGUUUCAUGCUUUGCAGAAAUUUCUUAGACUAUAAGGUAAAGCAGCCUGGAAUAUAGGUUGAUAAUUCACUAUAGGUCCUCAGAAUACUUAUCUUUGAAAACCAUAUCUCUGUUUGGUGGGCUACUCUUUUGGGGUCAUUUCCUUACACUCUUUCUUGAAUGGAGUUUUCAUUUUGAUGUUAGUUUAUGUAUAAUAGGUAGUAUGAAAAAAGGUAUGUAAUUGAAACAAAAACAUUGGACUAAAAUGUCAAUAAUUGAACAUGUUUAUGUUUGAUUAUUAUUUACAUUAUGGAAAGAUGCAAUUCUAGUACUUUGUUAGGAAACUGCAUUAAAGCAGUUCUGCCUUGUAUAAUCUGUAAGUACCUAUUAAGAUAAAAUGCUUCUAAAGAUAAUUAUGAAAUGUAUACAUAUUUUUUCUUGCACGUUACAAAGGAAAUACUCAAUUGCAUAACACAGAUGUUCAACAAACUUUUUUAAAUGCAUUUUUUUUCUUUCUUUCAUGAAACACUUGAAACCACUAGAUAGCUCAUUUCACUCUAUCUUAAAACCCUUCUGUUGUCUAUAAAGCUAAUACGGGUCAUACUGGACCUUUGGAUUAAUUGGAUCCACAUUCCCCAAUGAUGUUUGCACCACAUUCAAAAUAGCCAUGCCAUUGUCAUUUAACUCGUGAAUCUCUCUUUAGAACUAAAAUGGGUGUGAAAGAAUAAAAUUCAGUGUACUGUAAGUAUUCACAGUAAUUCUAGUAGAAUUAGCUAUCAUAACAUGUUUAUUAUAUAAUGAGCUGGCAUGACACAGAAAUAUAUUUUGUGUUUGUAUGACUUUUAUUUUGAAUAGGUUAAAUCUGGUGCCACUCCAUAUAUAGAGUGCUUUUGAAAAAAAAAAUCAAUAAAAAGAAAUAAAAAAAAUAAAUGAGUGAAUGCAAAAUAAGCAACUGUGCCUUUUAUACCUGUUGUUACGGUAAAAAAACGGUUGUUGGGUUUGGACAAUGAGGGGAAAUGGGCUAUUCCCAACUUUUUUGAUCCUGUAUAUUUAUCCAUGUUUAUUUUCUGAAAAUAAUAAAUAAUAUAUUAAAAAUUUGCCUUCUGACAAACUCAGAUAAUGGACCAGUCUUAAAUAUUGUUCAUUCAUUAAACAAAAUUAAGGCAUUAAGAUGGACUGCUUAAAUCUGACUAGAAGGUGAAAGCAUUUAUUGUAAGACUAACACAGAGAAAUAUUAUCAGGGGUGAAAUCAGUUCAUUUUGCAAGGUAAAAUAUUGAUUUAGAAUUUGUAUUCUUUAUUUCUUUUUUGUUGUUUUUUUCUUUUAGCUGCUGUUUCAUUUUGGUUGUACGAUAUAUAAACCAUACUUGUUUUCUGUACACAGGACUCUCAAGUGAACUUUGCAUGCGUUAUACAUGAGGACACAUUUAUAAUGAGUAACUAUAUAAAUUUAUAUGUAUUAAAACGUUUGUAGCUUCAGUCUAAAA